CAGGAGCUACAGCCUCGGUGGGGGGUUGGGGGGGGAUCUGCCCAGAAGCCAGAGCUGACAGUCAAUCCAGACAUGCAGAGCCCUCUACCCCCAAAUCCAUGAGAACACUCUGGAGCAGGCACACUCUUGCUUGGAGGCUGGGCAUUUACUUGGUGACUGGUGCCUCUACACUGAUGGAGGACUCCCAGAGUUCUUGCCAGCUCUGACCUCUUGCUUAGUGACUGGUCUGGGGCCUGGUCAGUAAGGGAGUGAAGUGGGGGAAACAUCUGGGCCCAGCUGUGCACAGCAAGGGCAGACAACCCCCCUCCACUCUGUUUCCACAAACAGAGGGCUCAUGAGGGCUUGAGCCUCUUACUGUUUAUAUGUACAGGGGAUUAAAGGGUCAGAGAGAGGGACAUGGUAGUAGGGGAAGGGGGCUGGGCAAGGAUCCCCUUCCCAGGAGACAGCUGGCUUGCCUGCCUUGCUCUGGGCACUCCCAGACUCAGAGUUCCUGUCCUAAGCAAAUGAGACAUGCCAAGUCUCUCUCGGUGCUGCCCAGUCUGCCAAGCAGAGGACGGAUUUGCCCUUCAUGUCCCUGGUGCCUAAGAACGCAGACAUCCUUAGGUACCUAAUCACUGCGCCCUUUUAGCCCAGCCCUGUGUGCACCAUCCCACAGUCUGCAUGGCUGGGUGGUUCUGAGUGCCCUAGACUCUUGGCCUCACUCUUUGCCCCCAACCCUACAUCCCCAUGUGCUGAAAGGAUGUCAAUAAGAAUGGCUAUUUCCCAAGAGCACUUCCUUUCCCUCCCUCCUUGGUGGAGGAAUGCCUGUCAGAUCAUGUCAAAUGAUGGGAAAAGUGUUUGACGGACCCAAAUGUUCUUUUAAGUCAGCUUUUGCCCCUUUGGCAAAAAUUAGGCAAAUGGGCUCCAGGUACCGUGGCCUCUUCUUCUCCUCCCUCCCCUCUGCCCUCAAAGUCUCCAGAGAGGCCGUAAGAGAUGCAGGGUUGGGCAAGGCUCCCCUGGGAAGCAGCCCACAGAGAUUCUCUGUUUCUUUCCUGCUGGAAGGAAGGCAGUCUUUGAAGUGGGGGAGGAUGGCAGGGCUCUGUACCCAUCUGUUGACACGCAGCCAGUAGAGAAAUAAAGGUUGAGUGCCUGGGGCAACAGAGGACCGUCACCUUCUGUUUUCCUAGAGAGUGGUUCCACCAUCCGCCUGUGUGUCCACCUGGGUUCCCACAACCCACACCACUCACAUCAGGAAACUGGAGCCAAGGUCUGGGGUUCCCACAUUGCCAGCCAGGGAUUGCUGUCUUCUUCUGAGACAAGACCCAGGAGAUGCUCUGAUUUCCUGACCCACACUCAAAGGGCAGAUGCACGACUCUGCUCACAGAGACAGCACUUGAUAGUUUGUGUAUGUGUUCAAAGCCCUUUGCACAUGUUAAGAUUCAAAUGUCGUCACUGGGGAAACAGGCUGGGAGGGGGUCAUGAUGGCCUGGGGCAGGGCUAGGCCUAGAGCCAAAGUAUCAGGGGCCUCUAGCCCUGACCAUUCCCUGGGUCCUACAUCUCUCCCUGAGGCUUCUCUCUCUGUUUAUUUGCCCUCUUUGAACCCCAGGAUGCCAUCGACUUCUUGCCUUCCUAGGCCCAGCUCAAGAACACCUCCCCAAGGCUUCCCUCAACUCACAUUGUCCAGAGACCUUGGAGAGGUUGCUUGGUGUUAAUUCCUGACUCACCCAGGCGGCCCUACUCUCUAGGAGCAGGGGCUCUGUGGCAGGAAUAGCUGUGUGUCCCUGUCUCCUUCCUCUCCUUCCUCUGGAGGGUAGAUUCACUCAUGAAGUUUCUGUAUCUAAUCUUCUGCCCAGCUGCCCUGCAAAGGGAAAUCAGGCCCUGCCCACAGAGCCAGAGGCAGGACUGUCUAUGUGGUUUGUGGGGCUCAGUACAAAAUGAAAAUGUGGAUCCCUUGUUUAGCAAUUAAGAGUUUCCUAGCAGCGACAGCAGAGUAUGAAAACAAAAUGCAGGGCCUUUCUGGGCACGGGGUUCUGUGCAGCUGCAUAGGUGCUAUGGCUGGAAGAGACAAAACCCACCCUCAGGAGCUCCUGGGUUUUAUUUCGGGGAAGGGCAACAUUUGGUGCAUAGUUCACAGUGGGACCCAAGGAUGGGCAGAAGGCUUCUUCCUUCUGCACAGUCCAUCCGUUAGGCCUCUCAGAUCCCAAAACCAUUCCAUACGCCUCAUCUCCCUGGGCACCCAAGUGACUCCUUGAGACGGGCCAGGCAGGGGUUAGGGCCCCAUCUACAGAUGAAGACCCCAAAGCUCUCUGAAAGCCUGACUGUCUAGCUGGCUCCAUCACGGCAGACAGACAGAGCACGGAGCUGAGAUGGGCUUGGAGGGUCGGCUAGGAGACAGGCCAGCUUUGCUACUCGCAUCAGCUGCUGGAGCUCAUGACCAGCCUGCACAAGUGCAGCUCUGCCAGCCCACAGCAUGGAGCCUGACAGGUCAAGGUUGAGCAGCCAAGGUAAACAGAGGUUUCCUACCUCACGGCCACUCACCCAAGAGGGAAUUCCAGGGCAAGCCCUGGCACACUUCUCACUGGCUUAGGGAGGGCAGCUGCCAAAAUGCCCAAGGCUUCACUCUGCCCCCUCCAUUGGCCCAUGUUGUCUUAUUUCCCAUGCCUCCCAUACUGUACCCCACAGAGGGGUAGGAGAGACUCUGUUGGGGCUUCACUGAGAGGAAUGGAAGGGCAAAAUUAGGAAAUGAAGACCUAAUCCCCACACAAAGAGCUGAACCCUGGCAGUUUUACUCAUCAUAGCCCCAAACCGGAAACAACCAAAAUAACCAUCAACAGGAGAUGGACAAGCUGUGGUAUGCCCACACAACAGAAUACUGCUCAGCAAUCAAAAGGAGCAGACUGCAGCUAUAUGCCACAGCGUGGAUGAAGCUUAACCCCUUGUGCUGAGUGAAAGAAGCUCGUACUGUGCAAUUCCACCUCUGUGAAUUUCUAGAAAAGGCAAAGCAAAUCUGUAGUGACAAAACAGACCAGUGAUUGCCUGGGUCGGGGAGGGAUUGGCAGCGAAAGAGCAGGUGGGAACAUUCUAGGGUGACAGAUGAUGAUGCCAGGGGUUAUAUGCAUUUGUCAAAACUCAUUAAACUGUGUGCCUACAAUGGGUACAUUUUACUGUACAUCAAUUAUACCUCAAUGCAGCUUGAUUUAGAAGAAAGGAAAGAGGUAGGAGCCAGAAGAGGGGGGUGGGCGUGUGGCUGUCAUGUGGGUUAGAGGUUUCAGCAACCUCAGGAGGCAAGGAGACAAGCCUCCCAAGGGGUGUUCAGUGUUUGAGGGGCAAGGAGCUAGAUGAGCCCAAGGAGUCCCCACAUUCCAGGGACAGGAAGAGGAUGGGGACCAAGAGGAAAUGUCCCAAAAAGAUGGAGGAGAACCAGAGGGUUGUGAUGGCUCAGAUGCUGGGGAGAAGGAGCUCAUAGCUGGGGUUGGGGGAUGGUUAGAAAAGGCCAGAGCAGCUGUGCAAGGUCUAGGCAAGAGGAGAAACAAAGCACGAGGACCCCUGCUGCAGCUUCCCUAUAGAUCCCCAUUCCCACAACCUCCCUUUGACAGUCUCUGUUAGGCUGACCCAGGGCCCUACUCUAGCUCACAUCUAAGGGGCUGAGUGGCACUGGGUGAGCCCUGGGACACUGACAGGCCCAGCGUGGGGAAUUGGACUGAAGUCUGCAAGCAGAGGUGUCAUCCCCGCAACCUUGGGAUGCCAAAUGGCUAAGGAGACCCACUGGAGUCUGUGCCAACCCCCUUGAGGGCCUGGGCUGGCCUCCAGGGUGGACACAGGCCCCCUCCACACUCCACAGAACUACUAAAUUUAGCCAGGCAGAGGAGGCUAUCCUGGGUCUGAGGGCUUGGCAGCAUUGCCUUGUCUCCCUACAAGGUCUGGCCCACUACCGGAGCUGGCCACUCAGCCUUUGGGCUUAUAAGGUAGGUCUAGCAGCUCUCAAGUGCUGGAGUCUAGGGGUGGGCUCUUGGCCAAGCUCUCAGACUUUGGGGAGCCUCCUUUCCAGCCACAAGCAGACAUGGGAGCUAUUUGGGCAAGCCACUCAAUUUCUAGAGCCUCAGUUUCCCUAUCUGUAAAAUGGGAGUUCCAGUACCUACUUCAUGGGAGCUGUUUUAAAAAAGAAAUCUGCUGAGUAUGAAAGUACUGUGUCCCCUGUAAACUCUGACCCCUGGCCUGCUCAUCUUUGUACCACCCCCUGACAAUGCCUAGAAUAAUCACAGAUAUCUGUUCUUGGGGAUGCCAGAGUUGGGGCAAGGAGGGAAAGCAUAGGCCUGGAUGGAAAAGUGUAUUUUAGAACCAGUGAAAGAGGUAUUGGUCCCAGCAGCUGCCUGUUGUGCUCUGGCAAAGUUAUUAGCAAAAAAAGAGAUUUAUAAUUGGGAAGAUGAAUAUAAUUGCUCUUAUUUCUUUUUAUUUUGGGCAUGCUUUGGAUAUGACAAUCCCAAAUGAGAUAGUCCCCCAUGAUAGUCUGUUUGCUAACUGUCAAGGUCAGAACUGAGGCUCUAACAGGAGCACAGGAGCUCACACAGGUGUGUGCUCCAGGCAAGGGUGUCUGAGUAUCUAAGGAGACCCAUCGGAGCCUUGUGCCGAACUGCUUGAGGACCCGGGCUGGCCUUCAGGAUGGGCAUAGGCCCCUCUGUGCUCCAGUGGUUGCUAAAUUUAGCCAGGCAAAGGAAGCCAUCUUUCCAUUAGUCCAUCUGUCAGAAGCCUGGAUCCUUGGAAGUGGGGAGAGGGGGUGAAGGAAGAGGUGGAUGAGAUCAUGGUGAUGAUGUGAAAAGGGCAGGUGCAGAUUGGAGAAUGACUGUCUGACUUCCUUUCCUCUCCUUCCUCCCCUCUGCCCACCUCAUCUAGUGCCUGUUACCCUCCUGAAUGUCCAGGAAUCAUGGGUGGAGGGGGACACAGAGACAGCUCCUGUACCGCAUCAGCACCUACCCCCAUGCUUGAUUGCAAGCAAUUCACGUCCUGGGACCUGCUAUUCCAAGAGCCAUGGGAUCACCUGGAAAGGGAGUAGGCCGUUUUGUCUGGGAUCAAGACCAGGCCAAGAUGACAUUACACCCACAGGCCUGGCUCCUAGCAUCUCUGGACUUUUUCCUUAGAAAGCCCAGGAUAUGGUUCUGACCUGCCCCUCCUGAAGGUAAUGUUGGACAGACAGUUGGGCCUGAUUGAUGAGGCUGAUCUGUUUGAGAGGGGAGAUUGGUCUAGGGUGCUGGAAGGGGCCAUGGGCUUGCCCUCUGUGGAGGCCCUUGCUGCCAGGAAAGCAGCUCUACUCAGACAGGCGGCUGGGAUUUCCAGCCCUGAAGCCUGGCUCCCUGCCUAGAGCAAUUUCCCAGUUAAAGGCUUGCCAGGAAGAAGAUUCAUAGUGAGGCACCUUGGACUGCAGGGGAGUUCCCCACACCCGCAGGGUACACCCAGCCUCCAUCUCCCAUCUCCAGAGGAAGCCCCAAGAACACCUGGCAGGGUUGAUGGCCAAUGAGAGAGGCCUUCCUGCUUCAAGUUGAGGCCUCUAGUACUGCUUAGGGUGAGUUUGGGCGAUUCAUUUCUCCUCUCUGAGUUCAUUUCUUCAUCUGCAAAAUAAGGCAUUGGGUCAGGGGAGGCCUCCAGCUCUAGGGCUCCAAAAGCAAACGUAAUACCUCUGUCCCGCCCCCAGUCCCCUGGGGCCCUUGCAUUCAUGCCCUGGGCUGUGGUUGAAGACAGGGUCUGCAGAGGGUCUGUACCUUAAGAUCAAUAAUAGCCUCAGGAUUUUGUCCUCAGUGUUGUUGGGACCCAUCCCCUUGGGGCCUCUACCUAUGAGGGUAAUCCCAUUAUCAUCCCCAUUUCACAGAUGAGGAUGCAGGCUCAGACUGGUGAGGCAAGUUACCCAAGACCUUGCAGGCAGCUAGUAGCAGAGCCAAGGAUAUUAACUGAGGCUGUCUGAUGUCAAUGUCAGGCUUUCCCGCUUUUGUCUCGGGAGCCCAGUGGCAAUAUGUGGCCCCUGAAUCUUCUAGGCACUUGCCUCCUUCUGCUUGUUUUUGGGAGGUGGAGAUGUGGCUGGGACAGAACAAAUGAUGGGAGAGAAGAGAGGAGCUAUAGAGAUGCCAGCCAAUGCUAAGGUUGACUGGGCAAAGGCCAGGCUUGGACUCAGAGGGACAGGUGGAUGGAAGCUGGGCUAUAAGGACAGAGGUGGGGGUCCUGCUGCAGGCACUGGAAGUAUCAGACAGCUGGUACUUCCAGAAAUGGCCCUGCUUCCUCUUCUGCUCUCCUGGCCACAAACCCCACAGAGACUGAGCUCCCCACCGUGGGGGCACAGGUAGAAUGGGGAGGAUGUUUGGUUAUGGGUCCCUGGUUUGGGGAAGGCUUCAGCCUGAGCCCACUCCACCCAAGUCCUGGCCUUGUUCUGUUCCCCCAGGUUCAUGGGGGGCUGACAGCUUUAUCUUCGCCUUGUGACGGGUGGCCCGUGGUUUCCUGCCAACAGCUCCUCUUUCCGGAGGCUCAGCAGGGCCCAGGCGGAGCCAGAAGGAGCUGUGGGGCUGGGCUUGGGUGGCCCCACCAGCCCCGCCCCCAUCUAUCUUUGGGAAUUUAUUUGUCCACAGACGCUGCUGGCCCGCAGUCCAUUGCCUGCCAGGGGCCAAGAGCUGCUCUGAUCACCCAAGGACUCUAUUUUUCAACCCGAGUGCCUUCAACUGACCCCUGACUCCUGACCUCUGGCCCCAGCUGCCCUGUCCUGCCCUACCUUUCCUAAGUGGCCAGGAAGCCCCUGGGUUUUCACUGUAGACGUGGGCAUUGACACCCGGCUCACCUCAAGAGCAAAGGCUGUGCAAAGGACUCACUUCUCAGGCCCCAGCCUGGCCCACCAUGGCACAGCGGCUCCAGGAUGAACUGGCUGCUUUUUUCUUUGAGUAUGACACUCCCCGAAUGGUGCUCGUGCGCAACAAGAAGGUGGGCGUCGUCUUCCGCCUGAUCCAGCUCGUGGUUCUGGUCUACGUUGUUGGGUGGGUGUUUGUCUACGAGAAGGGCUAUCAGACCUCAAGUGGCCUCAUCAGCAGCGUGUCUGUGAAACUCAAGGGUCUGGCUGUGACGCAGCUCCCUGGCCUGGGCCCCCAGGUCUGGGAUGUAGCUGACUACGUCUUCCCCGCCCAGGGGGACAGCUCCUUCGUGAUCAUGACCAAUUUCAUUGCGACCCCCCACCAGGUUCAAGGCUACUGUGCAGAGCACCCAGAAGGGGGUACAUGCACAGAUGACAGUGGCUGCACUCCAGGGAAGGCAGAAAGGAAGGCCCAAGGCAUACGCACAGGCAAGUGUGUGGCCUUCAAUGACACUGUGCAGACAUGUGAGAUCUUUGGCUGGUGUCCUGUGGAGGUGGAUGACAAUGUCCCACGCCCUGCCCUUCUCCAAGAGGCCGAGAACUUCACACUCUUCAUCAAGAACAGCAUCAGCUUUCCACGCUUCAAGGUCAACAGGCGCAACCUGGUGGAAGAGGUGGAUGCAGCCUACAUGAAGACCUGCCUCUAUCACAAGAUCUCGCACCCACUGUGCCCCGUGUUCAAGCUCGGCUAUGUGGUACAGGAGUCAGGACAGAAUUUUAGCACCCUGGCUGAGAAGGGUGGGGUGGUCGGCAUCACCAUUGACUGGAACUGUGACCUGGACUGGCAUGUGCACCACUGCAAACCCAUCUACGAGUUCCAUGGACUGUAUGAGGACAAAAACCUGUCUCCAGGCUUCAAUUUUAGGUUUGCCAGGCACUUUGUGGAGAACGGGACUAACCACCGCCACCUCUUCAAGGUGUUUGGGAUUCGCUUUGACAUUCUUGUGGAUGGCAAGGCUGGAAAGUUUGACAUCAUCCCUACAAUGACAACCAUUGGCUCUGGGAUUGGCAUCUUUGGGGUGGCCACGGUUCUCUGUGACCUGUUGCUGCUCCACAUCCUGCCCAAAAGGCACUACUACAAGCAGAAGAAGUUCAAGUAUGCAGAGCACAUGGGGUCAGGGGCGGGCGAGCGUGACCCCGCAGCCACCAGCUCCACCCUGAGCCUGCAGGAGAACAUGAAGACAUCCUGACCCUCACCCCCUGACUCCUGACUGGACACAGCAUGAGGCUUCAGGCAGGGGCCCUGGAGGGGUCCCAACCAGGACAGAAUGGUCUCUGCAGGAGCUCUCCACCCUCUUAGCCAGGCAGACACUAGGGUCUUAUCAGCUCAGUGGGGACACUGGGAGGGACCUGUUCAAGUCUGGGCUCUGGCCCCAACUCCACAAGCCCCAAGGGAGCUUUGCUCCAGCCUCAGCCACUCUUAGUCUAGAGAGCCUGGGGUUGGGCCAGGCUCCUCUCACACUCCUCUAUCAGAGCUGUGUGCUUCUCACUCUGGGCCCUCAGCACUGCACUGCCUCGUGUCUCUAGAUUCAUGCUUUCCCAUAUGGCAGACACUAGUCACGAUGAGAUGACCAUUUAAAUUUAUAUUAAUUUAAACUGAAUAAAAUAAAACAAUUCAGUUCCUAAAACUAGCCGGCCACAUUACAACUGCUAAAUAGAUACGUGUGCCUAAUAGCCGCCAUAUUGGACCACACAGAAUAUUGCAGAGAGUUCUACUGGGUGGCUCUGCUUGAGCCCUGUUUCUUACUGGCCCCAGAUUUUCCUAGGGAGCUUGUCAACACUGCAGGCACCUGGGCCGACCUCAGAUCUCCCGAACCAGAAUCUCUAGGGCUGGCCAUGGAGAUGCAAGGAUGGCAAACACUCCAGGCCAUUGUAAAGGCUAAAGUUUAAGAACUGCUCCCGAUUGGGUAUCAGAUUUUGCCUGGGCCUGCCUGACCUGGCAGGUGCAGGCUUUGAGUAGGUGUGUGGUGUAUUUACAAGCCACAUGGUCUCAUGUACACACCCCCAUGGACACUCUCAUCUACAUGCACAACCCCCUCCCAUCCACACUCCGGCUUUGAACAGCUGGGGCCCUGCAAACACAGCCAUCUGGACAGACCUAUGCCCUCAAGUACAGACACAUGGUCCACGCAACAGCACCUCCACAGAGCUAGGCUUCUUCCUAAGUGUGUCAGGCCAGGACAGUCCCUUCUAGCCAUGAAUCCUCACUCAGCUACCUCGGGUUGGGGUGGAGCCCUGGCCAAAUCCUGCGCUCCCUGCUUAUGACCCAGCCUCAGCACCUAAGGCCUGACCAAUUCUAUCUGAACACAAGGUCUGGGGAAAGUGAGGGGUGGAGUACAAUAAAAGGAAUGAGGACAAAC